GCUCUUUGUAUGCAGUUAUCCAACUGUUCGCAGUUACAUUCACUUUUCUGCUCAACUUUAGGUUUCCUCCUUCGAAACAAAAAUGCCGCCAUUAAUCUCUCUGCAACUCCGACGGCAGCUUCUUCACCACAUCUCUUCUCCGUCUCCUCUCAACCCCCAUUUUACAUCUACACACCCUCAUAGAUUACCAUUCACACAUUCUAACUCCUUCACAACCCAAACCGCAGAUUCGAUUGCUCAAUCUCUUUCCAGCAAUUCAGACCCUCUGGAGAUUACCCAAAGACUCAUGCUUCACUUCUCUCACAUCAAACCCACCCCUCUGUUAAUCACCCAAACUCUGAAUAUCUCCCCGGAGGCCGGUCGUUCUGUUUUAGGGUUUAACGAUUGGGUUAUCUCCCACCCCGAUUUCAAACACUCGGAUGAAACGCUCUCGCACUUCGUCGAUUAUUUCGGUCGAAGAAAAGAUUUCAAAGCUGCUCAUGAUUUGCUGGUUAGUGGUAACAUAUCUGUCGCCGGCCCUAAAACUCUCCACUCCUCCAUUGAUAGGCUGGUUCGUGCUGGUAGGCCCACUAAAGCUCUGGGUUUUUUUGAGAGAAUGGAGAAGGAGUAUGGGUUCAAAAGAGACCAGGAGUCGCUGAGAUUGGUUGUGCAGAAGUUGUGCGAAAAUGGGUAUGCUAGCUACGCGGAGAAAAUGGUGAAAGACUCGGCCAAUGAGAUAUUCCCUGACGAAGCAAUAUGUGAUCUGUUAAUCAAUGGUUGGUGUGUUGAUGGAAAGAUCGAUGAAGCCAGAAGAUUGGUUGGGGAAAUGUAUAGGGGGGCUUUGAGAUUAGCACAAUGACCUAUAAUGCAAUGCUUGAUUGUGUUUGUAAGCUUUGUAGGAAAAAAGAUCCAUUCCGGCUUUAGUUUGAAGCUGAAAAGGUGUUGCUUGAUAUGGAAACUCAUGGGGUCCCAAGGAAUGUGGAGACUUUUAAUGUGUUGAUGAAUAAUCUUUGCAAGAUUAGGAAAACAGAGGAAGCACUUGGUCUGUUUCAUAUGAUGGGGCAAUGGGGGUGCAAUCCUGAUUCAGAGAGUCAUUUGAUUUUAAUCCGAAGCUUGUAUCAGGCAGCUCGAGUCGAGGAAGGGGAUGAGAUGAUGGAUAGGAUGAAGUCUGCUGGGUUUGGUGAGAAGCUUGAUAAGAAGGAAUAUUUUGGCCUUUUGAAGAUAUUGUGUGGGAUUGAGAGGGUUGACCAUGCUAUGACUGUUUUUGAGAAGAUGAAAGCCGCAGGUGAUGGGCGUAAGCCCGGGGUAAAGACUUAUGAUUUGUUAAUGAGGAAAUGGUGCGCUCAUAAUCGCCUUGCUAGAGCCAAUGCUCUUUACAAUGAAGCCUUGAUAAAUGGGGUCCCCGUGGAAUCUAAGCCGUCUUUUAUGGUAGAUCCAAGAUAUGCAAAGAAAACCGAAGUUGUGAAGAAGGAGAAGAAGAGGGAGGGUUUGCCUAAGAAAAUGGCCAGGAAGGGGAGACGUCUUAAGCAAAUUCGACUGAGUUUUGUAAAGAAGAGUCAGGGGCCUAGACGCUUCGCCUAAACUUGCCUUACUGAGAUUUUAAGUGGAAUGACACUUCCCAUUGGUGGUAAGAAAUGUUGUGUUUUGUAAAAGAUCUAGUGAAGUAGUGAUGCUCCGGAAAUAUGGCUUACCAAAUGGGCACUAGGUCUAUAGCCCUUAAAUGUGCCUAUACAUUGCAAUGUUUUUAUUUUUUAAGCAUAUGAGAUUGCAUUUUUUUUAAAGUAUAAUCUCUCUCUAAAUAGUCUAUAUCUUUAGUUUGUAUCAAUAAACUGGCAGAGAGAUGCUGGAAAGUGAUCAAACUGGAAGACUUUUGAAGUUGUUUGCACUCAAAAAAAGUGAAUAAUUUUGAUAUUUUUGAAGAAAAGGAAGCCUUAUGUUUCGAGUUAAAAUUAUCCAAAAACUUUUGAUAAUUUGGAAUGGGUCAUUUUGAUCUUGGCACAUACAUUCUUGUUUAUUAUAAGGCCUAAUUUAUCAUAUAGGAGAAUGAUGAUGAUCUGUUCUUCAAUUAUUCCCCUUCUUCCAUCAGUAAUCUCACAGGUCAUGAAAGCAAAGAACACUUGAGUGCAAUCUGUGUAGCAAUUUACGUUGUAGUUUUUUGUUGACAUAUAUAUACAUCAUACCUGUGUUAUUGUGUAGAAUAGUUGAGUAAAACAAACAAUGCUAGUUUGUGGAAUAGAUUAUGGUGGAACAGAUUUUCCUUAAAAUUUCAAUUUGGAAGUAAUUCAGAACAUCAAAGUAGUAGUCAAAUCUGGAAGAGUUUGAAUUUAUGCUCAGAUGUAUAAUGAUCAUCUAUCAGUAGAGAAUAUCACAACCAGGAUCCAUAUUUGAUUUCAACGUUUCAUCUUGUAGUUAGCUUUCCAAUCAACUGCAAAGAGCAUUUCAAUAUUUCAUCCUCUAGUUACCUCUCAGGCCAAAUGCAAAGAGAUCAAACUUCUGGGGAGUUCUCAGAUGAAACUUCGUUGACGGUCAACGAUCUCAGGAUUCAAAUGGUUUGUGGCAAAUAACAUCUUUUAUUUAUCCGUCUCACCCUGAAAUCUGAAGAGAGAGCAGUGGUGGUCAUUUGUCAUUCAAUAAUAAGGGGACUUGUAACUUAAGCGAUAUUGGCUUGAAUUUACAAAGCAUUGCUUCCUACAUAAGCAAGAGGAUGAAGCUUCAUCACCUCUAUCUUGUGCACACAUGUUUUAAUUGAAGGAAACCAGGCAUGUGAAAGUGAAUUUACUACAUAAGCUCUAACUCAUUUUCCUAUGAAGAAAUUGUUGAGCACAUGUGAAGAAUUGAGGAUGACAUUCCGAGUAAUGCGGUAGAAAUUUCUGCUUUCGGUCCUGUAGAGAGCAGCAGAAUAUCAAAUUUUAUGUCAAUGAAUUUUGAUGAUGAAGCGGUGGGCAUCAUGGUUCCUCCCAGAAUAUUAAUUUUUGGACAAUCAAGACUCCCAUUAACAAAUCACAACGGUAUUUCAAGUCAAGUGAAUGACUUGGAGCCAAGCCUACUCUCAGAAAUAUCAGUCAGAUGCCAAAACCAUGUCCUGGUGUGGAAUAUCAAACAAACAAGGAACACUAACCUUAUGUAUCAAAACCAGUGUCAAGUUAAACAAUUACGUAGUAUAAUAAAAUUCUGUGUAUUUGCUUAUUAUUUUCGCUUUAGUUUAGAUGUUCAUCUCUUUAUGAUUUAUGAAGGGGCCUGCCAGGCGACCAUAUUUUACAAUAUUAGUUGUUGUGUUCGAGAUACUGACUAGUUUUAGGCCUCGCUUUGGUAGCUGUAUUCAGCUUAUGUUGCUUAUUCUAUUAUAAGUACAGUAAUUAGAAUAGGCUCAAGUAGUUCUUU